GUACACCAAAAAUCAUUAAAAAAAAAAAAAGAAAACAAGGAAGAUGAAGAUGUUGGUGGUGGUGGUGGCGGCGGCGUUGCUGGUGGUGGUGUUUUUGGGGAGUCAUGAGGUGGCGGCGGCGGCGGCGUCGACGCAGGAGAAGUGUGGGGCGGACUUCCAGAAGCUGGCGGUGUGUCUGACGUACGCGACGGGGAAGGCGGCGGUGCCGACGAAGGACUGCUGUGAUUUGGUGAAGGGGAUAAAGGAAAGCGAGCCGGAGUGCCUUUGCCUUAUCAUGCAACAAACCCAUAAAGGAAACGACCAGAUCAAGAACAUGGGCAUCCAGGAAUCCAAGCUCCUUUCUUUGCCCACUGCAUGUGCCUUGAAGAACGCCACCCUCGCUGAAUGCCCAAAGCUUCUAGGCUUACCUGCCAACUCACCAGACGCUGCCAUAUUCACAAAUGCUUCAACGGCUUCAGCUACACCAACGGCGAAAGGAACAGGAGCAUCACAAUCACAGACUAGCAAGGACUCCUCCAGUGGGGCCAGGCUUGGGACCCACCUUGCUUCUCUGCCGGCCAUGGCCAUGGCUGUCACUGCCAUUGCCUUCUUUGCAUAUUUCCUUGAGUAAUGAGUAGUAUCUAAUACUGAGGAUUGCAAUUUACUCUCUCUCUCUCUCUCUCUCUUUUGGGACACAUCAACAUUUAAUUCUGGCUGAUUUUUGUGUUUGCCUUUUGCAGACUUUCCAUCUGUACUCCCUUGCGUGUUGUUAUAAUUUGCUAAGUUUUUCGUGUUCCACUUUCAACCCUAUUUAUGUAUUUUUCGUUUCUUCUU